AUGGCAGAGAAAAAUGACGUCAUGAAGGAGUGGCUAAAGAAUAAGGGUGCAAAUCCAAGUGAUAAUUUGAACAAGUGUGAAUUACUGGAAAUGGUUAAAUCACUAUCAUGUGCAAUUAGAAAUGAUUAUGUUAUAGACAGAACGGCACGCGAUUAUGUUAUAGACAGAAUGACACGCGACAACGGACAUCAAGUGGUUAGGUUACCUCCAUAUCACUGUGAAUAUAAUCCCAUAGAACUGAUUUGGGCCCAAGUAAAGACUUAUGUGGCAAAAAGAAACAAUCUUAAAAUGGCUGAUCUUAAACCUCUCGUCAGAGAAGCAAUUCAGUCAAUGACAGCUGAAAACUGGGCAAAUGCAGUUAAGCAUUGCGAAAACUUGCAAACAGGCGAUGCUGCAAAGGAUGUAUGUAUUGAUAAAUAUAAUGACUUGUUCGUUAUUGAACUAAGAUCAUCCGAUGAAGAAGAUUCUUCGUAA